GUCUCGCCAUACUUAAGCUACUUGAGCUGUCCCUUAGGAAGACUUCGAUGUCCUACAAGUCCCUUCCAUUGAUGCCGCGGAGAUUGGCCCAUCUCCUGAUCGUACCUCCUACACGCACGUCUGGCAGGAGCAUAAAUCAAACCGCGAGAACAGACCGAUCAGGAUUCAGCCGUCCCCAGGUCAUGCGUAGGGUUGCCGUGUCCUUCUGCCUGAUCCGGGACAAUGGUGCCGGUAUCUGUGGAGUCGUGGGGAGCGGGGCCCGGGGGCUCCGCAAGUAAUCCUACGCAACCUCACUGCGCCAGCGAGUUGCGUAGUAUAUUCUCGGAUGCUUUGUCGGCAAAUUCGGUAUGUGCCUCCUGGGACCGAUUCCAUACCGCUU